GCAAAAACAGUCUUCUCUAAAACCCCACCAAAAUCCCCAAAUCAUUUUCCCACCAAAUGAGUACGCUCAGACGACGCCUCCGCCUCAGCUACUCUUCCGACGAAGAAGACCAACCGCCACCGCCGCCAUCACAACAACAGCAAAGUGAAGAACCUGGGCCACAAUCGCAUACUGUCACUCACCCGCCCGUUACCCUAGACACGCCAUGCCCUUACCCCUCCGAUCCACUCCCAGUCACCUCCUCCUCCGAAGAAGAAUUCAUCGAUGUCUCCGACAAUCUGUCGUCGCCGUCACCUCCGCCUUCCCCGGUACCCGAGCCCGUUACUAGGCAAUAUUCUCCUCCGCUGGCUCCGGCACCCGAACCUGUUACCCGGCCACAUCCUCCUCCCAUGGCUCAGGCGCCGGAACCCCAAAAUUGGCCACCUCCACAGAGAUACGACGGCUGCCCAAUAAGCGAACAUCUCCAGAGGUUAGGGCUAAGGCUAAAGAGGGAGUGGCUCGAUGCUUGCGUCCAUGGACUCCGGCAAUCCGUGCCGGGAUUUCAAAACUUCGAUGUGGAGACGAAGGCGAAGCUCUGCUUCGAGCAGUUUCUGGUUUCGGAUAUGAAUCGAACUGGCGGCGGCGUGCUUCCGGAAAAUGUAGCUUCUCUUCAUCUCGUUGAUCUUCCUGGACCCUAUGUUUUGCAGGUUGAUGAGAUUGUUAACAUCAGCAAUCCUCUGAAGAAUAGGUAUCAGAAAACUGCUGUUGGGCUCAAGAGGUGCCUCAAAUUGUCAUUGACAGACGGUGUUCAACGUGUCGUUGCUAUGGAAUACAGGCCUAUUCAGGCCCUAGAAGCUUUGGCUCCUGCUGGGUUGAAGAUUGCUAUAUGUAAUGUGCAUAUACGCCACGGGCUUCUUAUGCUGGUCCCCGAAUGUAUUGAAGUUCUAGGAGGAUUAGUUGAGGAACUUGAUGCUGCACGUCAACGGCUUGUUGAAGAAGUAAAUAAGCCCCCAAGAGGAAACAGGACCAGGAAUGGAGUAGUUCCUCCUCUAUCGACUAGGUUAGCUCUUGCUGCAUGGCCUCCCAAUACUGUUAAUGCUGCUGGACACACCAAUAAUUCAACAAUGGAAGCCCCGACCUCUGUUCAAGCACCCAACCAAGGUGCUAUUUUCUCUGUAUCUGCUAGAAAUACCAGCUCCGUAUCUUCUAGAAACACCAUCUCCGUAUCUAGUAGAACUACCAGCUCUGUAUCUUCUAGAAAUAGCAGCCCAGUGACUGCUGAAGAGUUUACUGUUCCUCUCAGUGGACAACAUUCUGUUGUUAACCCAUCAUCUACUGGUGGCCGUAGUGUUGACGAGAUGCCUAUGGAUACCACUCCCUAUAGCAGAAGAAAUGCUAUUCCUAACCCAUUAUCUGAUGAUUUUGGUGUUGAGAAUCUCCAUUUAAAUACAGUUCGGUCUAGUGUUCGUCAUAGCAGGGAAAGUCGAGUACCUGAAAAUGCCAUUCCUAACCCAUCCUUUGAGGAUGCUGUUGAAGAUAUUGAAAUGGAUGCUGUUCAUUUUGGGGGAGAAAAUCAUACCAGAGAUUCCAUUUUGAAUGACGAGGAUAUCACUAUGAUUGAUGAGAAUGAAACUCAUAGGGCUUACGCAUCCUCAGAUGCUGUUUUGAAUGAUGAGGAAACCGAUGUUGUUAAUGAAUUUGACCGCCCAGAAAUACUAUCUGGAGACCGCGAACGUCCUUUCGAUUACCUAUCUAGUUUGUCAGCCAAGUUGAUUACAAUGAACAUUCGUUCUAUUCGGGGGAAGGUUAAGUGUGUUUUGACUGGUGUGAAUAAGUUCCAAUACACAGGUGACAUGUACGAGCUUGGAGCAUAUGUUGAUGAUGGGACUCUCAUUUCUGAAAUUCUCAUUGAUCACAAUGUUGUACAGAAUGCGAUAGGUCAUUCUCCUGAGGAGGCCAGAGCUGCUCUUUCUUCUCCAGACAAUACAGAAGUUCGGAAUAUGAAGGCAAAAAUGAGGCAGUUUCAAAAAUUCUUAACGAAUUUCGAGGGCAUAAUGCUUAUAGAGAUGAGAUUGCAUGAUCUUCCAAUUGCCCUUGAGAUGACACAGGGUUGUGCUGAAUCUGAUGCGUGGUUGCUUUUGAGGAGACUAAAGGCCUCCUCUCCAGCUCGGACAUCACAGCGUGCCUCCGCUGCCGCUCCAACAUCACGGCAUGCUUCCCCUCCUGGUCGGGCGUCACAACAUCUCUCCUCGCAGUCGUACCCCAUUGAGAUAUCCCCCUAGUUCUGGAUUUACUCUAUUUCAUGGUUUAUAUGUGGCCUUGUUCUCAAUGGGAAUGCUACAUCGUGGAAAAACUCCCUAGUUCGAUGAAGCUCUUGCUUGCAAGAAUUGCGGUUAUGGCGUCCAGAGAAAGAAGUUGGGAGAAGGAAUUGUUCGAAGGCGGAUUCAUGGUCUUAAAGAUCUCCAAGUUGAAGAACACAAGCCUUGAUGAACGAUAGCGGAGUCAAAUCAUUACAGUUGAAGUUCCUCUUACUGAAAUAUGAGGGUGAUCGAAAGAGAUGAAACUGAGUUGCUACGUUAGAACUAGCGGAUGCUUCAGCGGCGGAUUGUGAGAGGGUGAGUGAAGAUUGCAAGUGAUAUUUGGGAUGGGAUUGUAAAGUAGAACAAAGAUGUAAUCUUCAUCAUUGGAUCAGUGAAUCUCAAAUUACCCUCCUCUUUCUCGAACCCUAGAGUGAGCUAGAAGGAAACUCGAAUAGGAUUAGCAUCCUAACAGCUCACUUGUGCUCCAAAAACUUGACUAAACUCAGACAAUGUCAUUUUUUCAAACACGCAAUAGCGAGUGAUUAGCGGAUAAUCGAAUUCGAAACCUCGAAUGAA